AUGGAGGCAGUACUCCCUAUUGAGUUGGAAGUUCCGUCCUUAAGAGUCAUGACUGAAAGUGGUCUCGAGGAAGUUGAGUGGCUGAGUGGGAGGUUUGUCGGGCUGAUGUUGUUUGAUGAGAGAAGGCUCUGUGCUCUGUAUCACGUUCAGGGGUAUCAACGACGAAUUGCUCAAGCGUUCAAUAAAAAGGUGAAGUCCAGGGGUUUAGUCGAAAGGGACAUGGUUACAAAGGAAAUCUGCGCCCCAAUGUUUGAUUCUCGCGGGAAGUUUAGACCGAUGCGAUCUGGGCCUUACAUUAUCAAGACCAUCCUAUCCAGGGGUGCUGUUAAGCUCAUCGAUCUCGAUGCGAUUCCUCGGCCCUAUGGUAAAGUCUGGCAUUUCCGCCUGAAGGACUCUGAGUCCCCAACACCCCUGAUAACUGUUGAAUGUUUGAGCGUUGAAAUUGGGGACACGGAAGUUCCCAGUACUGAUACCGUUGUUCUCUUGAGAAACGCCUAG